GUCGAAUCUAACCCGUCCUGAGAGCUGCCAACCUCUUCGGGUCCAUGUCUCGGAGCCCACCAAAUCCCUGCGUGUCCGGCAGGCGGUAGAUCAGCCCUUGGGAUGCCGACCUCGACAUCCCCCACGUUCCUGCCGCUAACUCUGGGACCUGGGUCUACGUUUGACGAUCGACCUGUUAAAUCAACCAGGCAGAUUUCUCGCAACGCUCAGUUAUGCCGAUAGAAUGGUUAGGACACUCCUGGCGGUCGGUCUCGGACGAACGCCCGAGGUCUCAUGUCUCAUCCUGAUCUCGAACAAACAUCCUCCGAAGAGGCGACGCUCCUGGCCCGAGGCUACAAACUGAUUAAAAAACUCGGCGAGGGCUCCUACGCCAAAGUACAACGCCCGGCAAAAAUUGCCCAUAACAAAGGAAACGAUUGAUAAUGGGGCGCAGCAGAGUGCAUUCCUUUAACGUUCAGGUAUUCCUGGCGGAGUACAAGCCCGAUAGCGAGCCCGACAGGAACAACACCCUGGCUUGCAAGAUCGUCGACACCGGGAAAGCACCGAAGGACUUCGUCAGGAAGUUCCUGCCCCGAGAGCUGGACAUCCUGGUGAAGCUGAACCAUCCUCACGUAGUCCACGUCCACAGCAUCUUCCAGAGGCGGACGAAGUACUUCAUCUUCAUGCGCUUCGCCGAGAACGGCGACCUCCUGGACUUCAUCCUGAAGAACGGGGCGGUCGCCGAGAGCCAGGCUCGCGUUUGGCUGCGACAGCUCGCCCUGGGUCUCCAGUACCUGCACGAGAUGGAGAUUGCCCACCGCGACAUGAAGUGCGAGAACGUCCUUCUUACCUCCAACUAUAACGUCAAAUUGGCGGAUUUUGGCUUCGCCAGAUACGUGGUCGACAAUCGAGGGAAACGGGUAUUGAGCGACACUUAUUGCGGAUCCUUGUCGUACGCUGCUCCGGAGAUACUUCGGGGGACUCCUUACAAUCCCAAGAUAUCCGACAUCUGGUCACUUGGCGUGAUACUCUACAUUAUGCUCAACAAGGCCAUGCCCUUCGAUGACACGAACAUAAAGCGACUCUGCGAGCAGCAGGCCAAUCGCCGGUGGAAAUUUCGGGGUAAAGUGACCGACACUUUGAGCGACCAUGUUAAGAAGCUCGUCACCUGCCUCCUGGAGCCCGACGUCGGGAAGAGGUGGCGCAUGGAUCAGGUCUUGCACAGCGAUUGGAUCGCCAUGGAUCCUAGACUUAUGGUGCUCACUCCUGCCGAGCAAAGUGCCCUGGACAACGCCAUAGAAGAGCGCAAGCGGAACGAGGAGAAAUUCUCUAAGGGCACCAAGGAGGGGAAGCAUCACGAGAAGAAGAGGCUGGAGGCAGAAGAGGCGAAGAAGGAGAAAGAAGGCGUUACCGUGAUCAAAGACGCAGUCAAGCCAUCCGGAUCUACAAUCAUAGAGAGGGGGAAUUACUUCAGAAAUCUAGGAGCUCCGGUGUAAGGUGUAUUAUGGAUCCCAGAGUAAUUUGGAUUAACCUACCUCCCAGGCGGUGUAUUUCUGCGAACGGUAUCCACGAGGACAAUAUCGAUAUCGGAAAUUAGAGCGUACGCGUUGUCUCAAUUACCUAAGUACCGCAUCUCGACCUUGGACGGGUCGGUGCCUUUGCCC